AUGGCUGCAUACUGGGCAGGCGCUGGAGACGACGAGGCGGCGUCGUACUCGUCCGAGGACCGGCACGACUACUCGGUCCUCCUCGAGUCGGGGUCGGACGACGAGGCCGGGGCGUCGGGCGGCGCGCCCGGCGACGCUGGCCGCAUUCCCUUCCGCCCGUCCCCUGGGCACUCUAUCGACGAUGCCCUGCGUGCGCUCGAAGACGCCGGCCUGGUUUACCAGCCUGAACCGAAUGCAAAGCCGCCUGGCCCGUGGGCGGAAAUCAAUCCACCCGAGCCGCCGCCCAAGCCGCGCUAUGUCUCCACCUACACCGUCGAGGGCGGGUGGGAGACCCGUCUCCUGCCCGAGUCCGAGUGGAUCCCAGCCGACCCGCGCAAGUCCAAAAUUACCGCAAAGCCGCCACCCUAUGGUCGCCACGCCCAAUGCGUUCGCGACUUUCUCGCCUCGGCUGAUCUGCCCGGCGACGAGCCCGCCGUCGUGAUGCGCCCAUGCCCAUGGCCACGGCCCGCCGGCGCAUGCUGUCGCUGA